GGGUGGCGGGCAGAAGCCAAAGAGCUGGUGGAUGACGACUGAGGAGUGCUAGUGGGUCUGCGAGCCACAGGGAAGCUGUAAAGGCUAGCCCCACGGCUCACAACUCGCGUCCCCAGGCGCUGGCCUGGAGGUCACCCUGGUCAGAGAAAGGGGAGAAGAACGGGUCCCCGUAAACUGCAGAGGAGUCCCCGAGCCAAAGAACUUGUCCUCCGCCAAGGGCCGGGCCUUGCUUGCCCCCAUCUUCGGGCAGCCGGAAUCUUGGACGGGAGAUCCUCCCCGGCUUCGACUUGGUAUACGCCCCCUGCCUCUGCAGCUUACAAGUGGUAGAUCCCAUCACCCCCGGAAGCCUCGCGUUACUCAAACACAUCGCGCGGUUUUGCGAGCAACUCAGGAAAGGGGCGGGGAGAACGGAUGCCGGGAAGGCGAUUCGCGGAUCGCCCGGGCCUGGCCACGGGGUAUGGGCGCGCCUGCGCACUCGGGGGCCUUUUCAGGAGCCUGGUACUAAGGGCGCCCGUGUUUCGGCGUUCCUGCGGCGAGUCCCUUCCCUUCUCUUCCCUUUUUGGGGCCUGGGAGUUGCGGGCAGCUCCUUCCCUUCAGACUGGUCGGCGCAACGCUCGAGUGGCCUGGCAGGGGAGCGGGCUGCGUGCGCGCUGAGGGCACUGUGGAGCGAAGAAGGGCACACUGCAUGGCUGAAAACCGAGAACCCCGCGGGGCCGUCGAGGCCGAGCUGGACCCGGUGGAAUACACCCUGCGGAAGCGGCUUCCCCACCGCCUGCCCCGGAGGCCCAAUGACAUUUAUGUCAACAUGAAGACUGACUUUAAGGCCCAGUUGGCCCGCUGCCAGAAGCUGCUGGACGGAGGGGUAAGGGGUCAGAAUGCAUGCACUGAGAUCUACAUUCAUGGCUUGGGCCUGGCCAUCAACCGCGCCAUCAACAUUGCCCUGCAGCUGCAGGCUGGCAGCUUCGGGUCCUUGCAGGUAGCUGCCAAUACCUCCACCGUGGAGCUUGUCGAUGAGCUGGAACCAGAGACUGAUACACGAGAGCCACUGACGCGUAUCCGCAACAACUCAGCCAUCCACAUCCGUGUCUUCAGGGUCACACCUAAGUAAAGGAGAUGAGGCCGGCCCACCUUAUCCACCCAUCCCAUACAGCUUGGCUCAGAAGUGGCUUUUGUACUGAGUACAUGAACCUCCUACCAGGACCAUGUAGGAUAAAGCCUAUCCCCUCACCAUCCAGAGGACUCUGAAUUGAGAGGGUGAAUAUUGUCUUUUGUUGGGCUCAAGCCGUGAGUCUUCCUGAAUCUUUGUGGUCUGUAACCAUUGUCCUAUACAAUAAAAAGCAUCAAGUUGUGUUAGUGCCUGGCCACCCAACUGCA